GCUAUGGAUCUAUUCGACUUUUUCAGGGACUGGGACUUGGAGCAGCAGUGUCACUAUGAACAAGACCGUAGUGCACUUAAAAAAAGGGAAUGGGAGCGGAGGAAUCAAGAAGUCCAGCAAGAAGAUGAUCUCUUUUCUUCAGGCUUUGAUCUUUUCGGGGAGCCGUACAAGGUAGCUGAAUAUACAAACAAAGGGGAUGCACUUGCCAACCGAGUCCAGAACACGCUGGGAAACUAUGAUGAAAUGAAGGAUUUGCUAACUAACCAUUCUAAUCAGAAUCACCUAGUGGGGAUCCCAAAGAAUUCUGUGCCCCAGACUCCCGUCAACAAAACCGAGCCGAGCUUUUUCCCAGAACAAAAGAACCGAAUGCUCCCACCUCACCAGGAUAGCACUCACCCCUCAGCACCAAUGCCUCCUCCUUCCGUCGUGAUACUGAAUUCCACUCUCAUACACAGCAACAGGAAAUCAAAAGCUGACUGGCCACGCGAUAGUCAUAACGCUAGCGUUGUCCCAGCCAGCCAGGCCAGUGGUCAGCCAAACAAGCUGCCGCCGUCUACACAGGACCAGCCCCAAGCCCGACUGGAAGACUUCUUUGUCUACCCAGCAGAACAGCCCCAGGUCAGAGCCGUUGAAGAGUCAAACGUGUCUGCAAAGGAAGACAGUAGUCUCAAAUCCGGUGUAGGGGAUACGUUCAAAGAAAUCUUUCAGUCCGUCUCCCCAGAAGAAUCUGAAUUUACAGUGCAAGCUCCUGGUUCUCCCCUAGUUGCCUCCUCUUUGUUAGCUCCCAGCAGUGGCCUUUCAGUUCAGAGCUUUCCACCAGGGCUUUACUGCAAAACAAACAUGGGGCAGCAAAAGCCAACUGCGUAUGUCAGACCCAUGGAUGGCCAGGACCAGGCACCGGACGUCCCUCCGACACUGAAACCUUCCAUUGAAUUCGAGAACAGCUUUGGGAAUCUGUCAUUUGGAUCACUCUUGGAUGGAAAACCCAGUGCAGCCAGUUCAAAGCCUAAGCUGCCAAAGUUCACGAUUCUCCAAACAAGUGAAGUAAGCCUUCCCAGUGAUCCAAGCUGUGUUGAAGAAAUCUUGCGGGAGAUGACCCAUUCCUGGCCUGCUCCUCUCACUGCCAUGCAUACUUCCGGAAACUCUGAGAAGAACACACUUUCCAUCCCAGGACAGGAAUCCCAACACCUGACCCCAGGAUUCACCUUACAAAAGUGGAGCGACCCAACCAACAGAGCUUCUACGAAGAUGCUUGAGGACGACCUGAAGCUGAGCAGUGAUGAAGACGACCUUGAGCCUGUGAAGACCUUGGCCACUCACUGCACGGCCACUGAGCUCUACCAGGCUGUUGAAAAGGCAAAACCUAAGAAUAAUCCUGUGAACCCACUCUCGGCCACACCUCAGCCCCCACCUGCAGCACCAGCCAGCGGGGGAUCUGGCAGCUCCAGUGACUCCGAGAGCAGCUCCGAGUCAGACUCAGACACGGAAAGCAGCACCACUGACAGCGAAUCCAACGAGGCUCCUCGUGCCACCACUCCUGAGCCUGAGCCGCCCUCAACCAACAAGUGGCAGUUGGAUAAAUGGCUUAACAAAGUGACAUCCCAGAACAAGUCGUUUAUUUGUGGCCAAAAUGAAACGCCCAUGGAGACGGUUUCUGUGCCUCCUCCAAUCAUCCAGCCAAUGGAAGUCCAGGUCAAAGUGAAGACAAACCCCAGCCAGGUCCAGGCUGAACCCAAAGAGAGGCCUCUCCUCAGUCUUAUCAGGGAGAAAGCCCGUCCACGGCCAACCCAGAAAAAUCCAGAAACAAAGGCUUUGAAGCAUAAGUUGUCAACAACUAUUGAGACAGCUUCUCAAAGGACAAUUGGAAAAAAACAACCCAAAAAAGUUGAGAAGAACACCAGCAUUGACGAGUUUACCUGGCCCAAACCAAAUAUUACCAGCAGCACCCCCAAAGAAAAAGAAAGCGUGGAGCUUCCUGACCCACCAAGAGGCCGCCACAAAACCACUGCCCACAAACCAGUCCCUAGGAAGGAACCAAGACCGCACAUUCCCUUGGCUGCAGAGAAAAAGAAGUACAGAGGGCCUGGCAAGAUCGUGCCAAAGUCCCGGGAAUUCAUCGAAACGGAUUCAUCCACGUCCGAUUCCAACACAGAUCAGGAAGAGACCCUGCAGAUCAAAGUCCUGCCCCCUUGCAUCGCUCCCGGGGGCAAUACUGCCAAAUCCAAGGAAGCCUCUAGUGCCAGCCUGACCCUCAGCUCCUUAGUGAGCAGCGGCGGCGGCAACAGCACAACCGCCAGCAGUGAAGAGCCAGUGUUUCCACCCGUCUCUGCCAUGCAAACCGAGUUUCUGUCCCCUCUGCGAGAUCACGAGAACCCGAAAAAUCUCUGGGUGAAGAUUGACCUUGACCUGCUGUCUAGAGUACCUGGCCACCAGUCACUGCAAGCAGCACCAGCCAAGCCGGACCACAAGGAGACUGCGUCCAAGCCCAAGCGCCAGACCGCUGCUGCGGCCGUGGAGAAACCCAUCCCCAAGGGCAAGCGCAAGCACAAGCCAACAGAGAUUGCAGAGAAAAUCCCGGAGAAGAAGCAACGCCUAGAGGAGGCCACCACUAUCUGCCUGCUGCCCCCCUGCAUCUCACCAGCCCCACCCCACAAGCCUCCCAACGCUAAAGAAAACAGUUCAUCCAGGAGAGCAAAUCGAAGGAAAGAAGAGAAGCUGUUUCCUCCUCCACUUUCCCCACUGCCGGAGGACCCUCCACGCCGCAGAAACAUCAGUGGCAGCAAUGGCCCCUUUGGUCAAGACAAAAACGUCCCUAUGAUUGGACAGAUCACCUCUACCAAACCCAAGAGGAGUGAAGGAAAAUUCUGUGCUACUUUCAAAGGGAUAUCUGUAAAUGAUGGAGACACUCCAAAAAAGACAGCCUCUGCCACCAUCACGGUUACCAACACGGCUAUUGCCACUGCCACUGUCACUGCUACUGCCAUUGUCACUGCCACUGUCACGGCCACCGCGACCGCCACUGCCACAGCCACAGCCACUACCACAACCACUACCACAACCAUCUCCACCAUCACCUCUACCAUCACUACUGGCCUCAUGGACAGCAGUCACCUGGAGAUGGCAUCCUGGGCGGCCCUGCCCCUUCUGUCCAGCAGCACCACCAGUGUCCGGAGACCCAAGCUCACUUUUGACGACUCGGUUCACAAUGCUGAUUAUUACAUGCAGGAAGCUAAGAAGCUGAAGCACAAAGCUGACGCACUGUUUGAGAAAUUUGGCAAAGCCGUGAAUUAUGCCGAUGCAGCCCUGUCCUUCACCGAAUGCGGCAAUGCGAUGGAACGCGACCCUCUGGAAGCCAAGUCUCCGUAUACCAUGUACUCCGAGACCGUGGAGCUCCUCAGGUAUGCGAUGAGACUGAAGAACUUUGCAAGCCCCUUGGCUUCGGACGGGGACAAAAAGCUGGCCGUAUUAUGCUACAGAUGUUUAUCACUUCUCUACUUGCGCAUGUUCAAGCUGAAGAAGGACCAUGCUAUGAAGUACUCCAGAUCACUGAUGGAAUAUUUUAAGCAAAAUGCUUCAAAAGUCGCUCAGAUACCAUCUCCCUGGGUAGGCAAUGGAAAGAACACUCCAUCCCCGGUGUCUCUCAACAACGUCUCUCCCAUCAACGCAGUGGGCAGCUGUAACAAUGGCCCGGUGACCAUCCCCCAGCGCAUUCACCACAUGGCCGCCAGCCAUGUCAACAUCACCAGCAACGUGCUACGGGGCUACGAACACUGGGACAUGGCCGACAAACUGACAAGAGAGAACAAAGAAUUCUUCGGCGAUCUGGACACACUGAUGGGACCCCUGACCCAGCACAGCAGCAUGACCAAUCUCGUCCGCUACGUUCGCCAGGGACUGUGUUGGCUGCGCAUCGAUGCCCAUUUGUUGUAGUGGGCACACCCCCAUCUCCAGCAUCACCACCCAUCACUCUACCUCUGCCAGAGCACCAACGGUCACUGGUGGAACUCCACUCAUUUGGGAAAGUUCUCUUUGCUUAUGUUUGUUUUUACGCUUCUUUUGAUAUCUGUGAAAAGCAGAAGUCAUUGUAAGUGGACACUACAACUUGAGAGCAGUAUAUGUUUUAAUACUUAGUCAUUUUUCAGUAUUUUAUAUGCAUUUCUCAGAUCCCACCAUCCUUUUGUGCUUGAUACAAUGACACAGUCCCUACAGUAUUGUUUUAAGUCCACACUACCCAAAACAAAGAAUGGGAAGCAUUAGUGAUGAUAACAGGUUCCUGAGAAACGAAACGAGAUUCAAAUUUUCCGCAAUAGCCAUUCCCUAAACUGUACUCUUAUGUCCAGAAAAGAACGUAUUUCAGAAUCCAUUGUUAAACUUUGGUGGUUCCCACAGACUCCGUCUCCAGGUGAGAAUUUUCAUUGUCAAAACCCACUGGUUACAUGUUGUAGCCACAUCGUAAAAUCAAGAGUAUUAAGAAAACAAACAAGCAUAGCAAUGCCACUCUUAAAACAAUGCUACGGCAUACAACCAGAGGACUUUCUUGCUGGCAUCUCUUCCCUGAUGCCCUAUUUUUAAACUUUGAAUGAGAUGAAGUGGCAACAUUUAUUUCGACAACUUUAAGGCAUCGGCUGGCAUUAAAUGUUUUUGAACUCCCCGAUCUGAAGCGUAAAUCCUCACCUGGGGUUCUCUUUGUGUAAAGCUCUCUUUUUGAGGGGCAGUUAGUGGGUGCACACCCUAGGAGCCAAAACACUGCCCUCCAGGAUUAGAGAUGAGAGAUUAGGAGAGGUCUGGAAACGUCCAAGGAACUCAUACCUCUGCCUCUUUGACAGUUGGUAGGCAGGUCUGUUACUGGCUGGAUAUUUUUAUUGUAUUUUGCUCAAAUCUCUGGAAACAAAAGUCAAGUUAUCACUACCUAGGAGUUAGAAUAUACAGUUUGCUUCCAAUUACAAUCCACACUUUCUAGUUCACAGUGUUUCUCCUCCUCCUCUUUUUUCUCCUCUUUUUUCUUCCUCUUCUUCUUCUUCGUCCUCUUUUCUUUGAUCUUUCUUUACCUUUUUUUGGGCUCCUUAGCUUUUGACUGAAAUACAGAUAUCACUGAUUUUAUUCAAGUCUAUAUUAGCAUGAAUCAUUUCCAUGAACAUUCCAGAGAAAACUCCAAACUCUCUAAGUAGUGGCUAGCCCUUUAAUGAAAAAUGAGUCUUGGGGUAACGCUUCACCCUAGGGUGCUUUGAAAGAACCCUGAAGAUUGGGAACAGCUCACCUAAUUUGGAGACAUUUCCACGUCACUUGUAACUAUCCGCACCCCUUCCGAUCCUCCACAUUCAUUUCAUGUCCCCAAACAUCACCAUGUAAAUAUCAUCUUUGGUGUUCCAUCUCACCAGAAGAAUCCCCCACCUGUAGUCAACACUAUUGAUACGUUAGUUCUUUAUAAUUACCUGCUGGUAUAUAAUUCCACAUCACCUUGAAUCUGUUGAGUUUGUAGAAUUCUGUUUACUGAGUGAUGACCAGAUAAAUAAUAGACAUAUGUAUGAUUCUUAAAGCUGGUCAUGUAAGUCUGAUGGGAACAGCAAGGGAUCACCCUGCACUCUCAUCAUCGAGGUUAAGUACAUUCCCGGUUGCAAAAGAGCUAGACUCGAGCUCCGCUCUGGUCAUCUUUGAGUUCAAGAUCCUUUGUUUUAUAAUGAGGUUGUGGAAGUUGUACUCCAGUGGCUGAGGCCAUGUGGUCAGGUGACUGAACCCAGCGCUUUCUAUGCUCCCACUGCGGUUGAGCUUUACAUUCGCGGUCUCCGCAACAACACACACACACAUGCAGACAUGCACACAGACAAAUGAGAGAAUCUUUUCUGAGCCUCUUAAAUGGGGAAGAUGAUACUAUGACUGACUCCAAACACCCAAGGUGGGUGUCACAUGUAAAAAUCAAGCUGAUGGCCUUCAGUGACUCAAGUUCUCUGUUCAUUUUCCGUGGCUUACCAGGUAGAUCGCCUGACUAUUACCAUAUCAUGAAGCCCACUGGCUUGACUUGUAAAUUCAACCUAAAGCACGAUCCUAAACAUCAUGGAUUUAGGGGUAGAUUCUUCUUGAAAUUCAGUCUCCAGAAACUAGACCCUCGAACGCGAGGGGAGUUUCCAAGAGAAACCAGCAUCUUGCCUCGCGGAUGAAAGACCCGUAGCUCUAGUUUCAGGGAGUCCUUGUAUCUACUUUACAUACAAUAGGGAGGCAGCGGAGAAGCCUGCCGCCCUGUGUCACCCUCCGAUGGCUGACAAUACAGUGUGUGCCAAAGCAGCAGCACAAUGAUCAAAGCUGACAGUUGAGCCCAGGAUCGCCACCUGAUUAUUUAGCAGACCCAUUUGUAAAGCAGCUUAGAAGUCAAUUAAACAUGGCGGAGGAAUGGCCUUCCUAUCCCCGGAGAUGAGACAGUCUUCUGGUUUCAUGAUUAAGGAUUGUUGCUGUUUUCUAGGCACUGUAUCCAUCACAUUGUGAGUGGUGACAUGUGUCAUAGGUGUGCGGUUAUGUGAGGGACGGAGAUAUUUUGUCCAGUAAAUCUCUUCAGUGUACCAGUGUGUGGGAGGGAUGUAGGACAUGUGGAUGGCAAUGAGGGGUCCUUCCUGGAGACCGUGACGGAGGCUUGGUGAGACACAUCUCCAUGAGCACACGGAGGUGGGGGAUGGACAGAGUAACAGGCAGCUCUACCCGAGCAAGUACACAGAAGGAUCUCGGCCCCGCUACGUGACCCAGGUGGGGCCACCGCUAUGCCUUUCUUUGUCACCCAAGCUCCAACCACAGAGAGUCUGACAAGUUUGUGUUAGGAUGUGGGCUUGGCUUUGUAUUUUUAAUUAACUUUGGAUUUUUUAGUGGUUUUGUCAUAUUACUGUCUGAGUUUGGUAGGUAGGAUUAAUUUGAAAAGAGUAUACUAGUGUGGUCCUCGGGGUAGAAUAUAGCCGUAAGCAUAUUGUUAGCCAGCCUGUAGACUGUUAAUUACUUAAUAAUCUCAUUGGGAAAAUACUCAUAGUUUUACAUUUGGAUGACAUCAUUGGAAAGGCAGAUUAGCUGCUGCUAACUUUUAAAAGACUCGAGGUUGACAUAAAAAGUUUCAAAUCUUCAGUCAAUAACCAAGUUGCUAAAUUGGAAACCAUUGGCUAAAAUGUGUUUUGUUGAGUUUCCAAAUGUACGGAUUUGCAUUUGGACAUCACACUGCUAAAUGCAUUGGAAAGAUACUUGCUCUGUCCUAUCUUUCCCAGAGCUGUCUGAUUCGGAGUUCGUUUUAUUCAAAUUUGCAUCCUGGAGGUUGAAGUUGGAGUAUGAAGUUGGAAAGCGUUUUUGAAGGCAGAAUCAACUGAGCUGUGAGGGCUCCCCCCUCACACACUUCUCAACAGACAUGAAAACACUCACCUGCGUGAGCUGGCAGGUGCGAGAACCAAACUGGAUCGCUGAGUAGGACUGCUCAGCAAGGCGAUGAGCCGCUUGCUUAGAGAAGCAUCACGAUCCCCAUUGAGAAACUGUGUGGCGAGACGGCGUAGCCACACAGUAUCAAACGAAUGGGUUGAUUCAGUGCCCCCAGAUCCAGUUCUGCGGGGGAAAGCUAUUGAGCCAGUUGUCACUGCUCGGUCACACAACUGGCAGACUAAACUCUUCGUCGUUAUGGUUGUCGUUGUUGUUGUUGUUGUUGUUGUUUGUUUGUUUUUCCACCCGCACAGCCUUAUUCUCAUAAUUAAACCCUGAUUCAUUUUCUCUUUGGUGUUAGCAAACUCCAGCAGCAGUGAUGGCGUCUGUGUAUUGAUAAUUGGCAUUUACCCUGGCAGGAGGCUGAUCGGAUAGGCUGGUCUCAGACAUUAAUCCUACCAUCUGAUAUUUUCAGGGAAAGAACGUAGUUCCCUUUCCAUUCUCCUCCUCGCAAAUCUAGAAGCCCUCUUUACCAAGAGCAUCACAUUUUCCUCUGUAAUCCAUCGACUCAAAGAAAAUUGCAUUGUGGGGAGGGUGGAGGGGUGGNGUGGGGGGUGGGGUGGAGGGUAGGGAAGCCCUUCCAGGCCAGGCUGCAGUUCUUGUCCCUUUCUGCUUCUGACAUGAGAUGUUAAUGAAUCAUUCAUCAGGCUCACAUUGGGUUAGGGGACACUGAACUGCUUUUCCGAUCCAUGAUCAAUCAUCGUUCUUCUAAGAGUUUGGAGCUUUGCUGUUUCAUUAACUGUGCAGUGUAGACUAAUGGUGUUUAAUAAAAAUCAUUCAAAAUUUCAAA